AUGUCGCGAGGAGGACGAGGCGGUGGCCGUGGUGGCCGCGGGGGGCGCCAGGGACCGCAGCUAUCGUGGGAUAACGGCGAACACGCCCCCGACACGCGGCCCUCGGAGCUAUUCCCAGCCUACGCGGUCCCGACAGCGAAGCCUCUCUCCGACCUUGAGCGCGCCAACGUCAACGCCUUCCUCCUCUUCCGCCGCCAGUUCCAGGACGGGCCUCUGUACACCCGCAAGCGCACCUGGGGCAUGGACCCGGGCAACACGCGCAAGCUGUACGGCCAGGACCAGGUCAACGCAAAGUACGGCGUGCGAACCCGCGGCACCGCCGACCCCUUCACUGCCGUGCCCACCUACUCGCAAAAGUUCUCCCGCCCCGAGAGGGCCCUGCCCGACCUCGCCGCCCGCCCCUUCUGCAAAGAGUUCUUCCCGCAGGAGCUGCACGAGGCCCUUGACGGCGACGACGUCGGCCCCGGCGAGCGCCGUCGCGGAGGUGACGCCAAGCGCCUGCGCCUGAGCCGGAUCACCGCCCUGCCGACCGCCGAGGACGUCUUCCACCUCAACGAUGACGCCGAUGACGACGUCGGCGGUCCCGAGGGCGCGCGGAAGAAGCUCGAGGCCCUUGAGAGGAUGGGUGAGGGGGCCGAGGGGGCCGAGGGCGCCGGCGGCGGUACUGGUGGCGCCGGCGUCGAGGACGAGUGGGAGGGCGGCGAGGAGGAGGAACAGGACGUCGAGUACGACGACUCGGACGCCGGCGACUACGACGCCGAGAACUAUUUCGACGAUGGCGAGUACGGCGACGACGAUGGCGGCGACGACGACCACGGCGGCCGCGAGGGGUCGUACUAG